GUACAAGGAAACCGCCGCCUCCGUGCAUGCUGCCCCCUGCUCACCCUCGUCUCACCGUUCGUCGUCUUCGACGGCACCGCGCUGCCCACCUACAACAACACCGCACCGACGCCCUGCCGUCCGCCGGGGGCGACUGCAUCGCGCCUCUCCGCCUACAACAACGCCGCGCUCGGCAUCGCCACGUCCUCCCGUCCGUCGCCGGCGGCUGCACCUCGCCUCAUUGACUACGACAACGCCACGCCCGACAGUCCUACGCCUUGCCGCGGGAACGGCACGACGGAUAAGCUCCGCCUGCACCAGAUGGAGUCUCCUAAACGUUCCAGUGAACGCACUCCCUUUAAAGACCUGUCCAACUCCGUCAACGCAAGUGUUGUCGACAUUAGUAAUGGAGGGCAACCUACAGAUAUGAAAGAACGCAAGAGGCAACGUGCUAGGGAGCGAUAUGCGCAAAUGGAUAAACAGAAAAAAGAUGAAUUACUACGGAAGCGCUGUGAAGCCUAUCAACAGAAAAGAGCUCGACCAUUAGUUAGUUCUGAAGAGGCGAAAGUGGGGGCAAGUCCAUCUGUGCUCUCCCAAGUGCAGAUAACGACAAUUGGUCAAGGUGUGCUUCACCAUCGAGUGCCGGCUUAUUAUUCGCAGUUAUAUCAUUUGCUGGUUCUCUACUUUAGCUAAUACAUCUGAUAAUUUGUUUA